CCACUCACUACUUUCUGCGACUUGGUACUGUAGAUUAUGCUAUAACUUAUAGACGAGGAGAGGGUAGAGGGAAGAGGGAAGAGGCAAGAUGCGGGCCCGCAUCACUGUUUCCGCUCUCCUAGGCCUUCUGGCUCUGGGCUACUUGGUCACUCACCUAGUAUUCUUUGUCCAGCUCUUCUUCGACCAUUCUGGCGUAGCCAUCACCCAAGAUGAGAUCGCCUCUGCACAUACAGCUACCGAUGCUCGGCCGCAGCUGAUCCCCAAAAUCAUCCACCAAGUGUACCAUGAUUGGAAUGCCGAGCAAAAUGGAGGCAAUGAGACUAUGCCAACAGACUGGGAUGAAGUGCGGCACACGUGUAUCGAUAAGAAUGAGGACUGGACCUACAUGUUAUGGACGGCGAGCACAUCUCGAGAGUUUAUACAGCGCUAUUAUCCCUGGUUUUUGUCUACCUAUGAUAAUUACAAGCUUCCCAUUCAGAGAGUAGACUCGGUGCGCUACUUUCUGAUGUUACACUACGGAGGCAUUUACAUCGAUCUGGAUAAUGGCUGCCUCGAAAACCUCACUCCCCUCCUAUACUACCCAACAUGGACCACCGACGGUGGGCGUGGAGCACUGAGCAAUAACAUCUUGGCCUCCGUCCCAAACCACCCGUUCUGGAAAUUGCUCACUGAUUCUCUAAUCCCUUAUAACUACAAUUACUUCUUUCCCUAUGUAACAAUCAGUUACGCCAGUGGUCAAUGGUUUGAAACAGCCAUUUGGCAGAAGUACCACUCGCAGCACCCAGAAGAAAGACUGCACCGAAUCAUGAUGGAUGACAGGCCGGGAACUCAGCCGUGGAUAUACUUCACGCAGGAACGUGGAGGUACCUGGAAGAACUGGGAUAACGCGUUCUUUUUAUGGAUUGGGGACCACCUGGCCUUGCUUGCGCUUGUGGUUGUGAGCGGACUGGCGUUACUGUGGUGGAGCGUGAGACGCUGUCUUUCUGUGCACAAGAAGUAUUCGGAGAUUUCUACGGGGAAGAUUGAUAUUGAACAUGGUGAAUAGAAUAAUUACCUUCUUAUCGAAAGAUUUCAGUUUACUUCCAGAAAUAUACCUGAAAGAGUCAAAUC